CUAGGUCCCUAAUUGGCGAAGAAUUUCUUCUCCCUUGUUUCUCUCCUCCUCCUCUUUUCCCUGUUUUAAGCAAACUCUGUUUUCUUUCUCUCUGCGUUGCUCUUUCCUUUAUAAAAACUUAAAGCUUUUUUUUAAAAUUCUUUUAUCUCUCCUCAUUCAGAUUCUCUCAUUAUUAUAAUAAUCUUUCAAAAAAUAUUGUUCCUUUUUUUUUCCUCUUCUCAAAUCCCUUGUUUUUCUUCUGUUUUCUCUUUCCCAUUACCUUCAAUUUCACCAAAUUUGUAAAAAAAAAAAAAGAAGAAGAAGAAGAAAGAAAACCCUUUUUUUUUUCAGGUUAGUUUACCCUCCUUUGAUUAGGUUGCUUUUACAAAGGGAAAAAAAAACUCUACAGAAAAUCAGGUAAAUUUAUGUUUUUAUAUCUUGUUUUAUCACCUGAAAUAAUGGGUUUGCCUUAUAUUUUGAUUAUACUUUUUAUUUUGGUUUGUUGAAUCAGGUUGCCUGAGUUUAGGGUUCUUGAUAGAGGGUUCUUUUUAAUUUUUCUUGGUUUUUAUUGGUGAUUGAAUAAUAAUAAUAAAAUAAAAUAAAAUAAAAGAGAGAAUGGCUUUGAAUUGGGAUGAUUUUGAGAAUUCUUGGAGUUCUUGGAGUUGCAGUUGGGAUACUGAAAUCUCAAGUGGCAACACUGAAUCAAAAGGCUUUUAUGAAGCUGUUAAUGAUGAUAUUAUUGACAGAUUGCCUGAAGAUCCAUUUGGUAUGGAAAUAAGGUCUACUUUUGCUGCAGCAAUCACAGGUUGGUUUCAAGAUUUUGAGAAUGAUUUAUGGUCAGAUUUCUGUAUGUUUGGUAUGGAAGAUUAUGCUGAAAAACAAAUUGUUGAUCAACAACAAAUGUUUAAGGGUUUAAAUUGGGUUUGUAAUGGCACCAUGAGUUUAAAACCUGAUGAAAGUAUCUCUAGUUUUUAUGGUGAUCAAUCAUCUUUCUUUAAAGGUGUGAAUUGGGUUUGUAACAACUUUGAGAUCAACGAAACAUCGAACCCGGAUUUUAAUGGAUUUGAGAUUGAUAAUGGUGGGAGUUUUGUAAUCAAUGAUGAAGGUAAAGGAUUGAAGGAUAGUAAGGAAGUUAUUUGCAAUGAUAAUGGAGGAGGUGAACCAAGUGAUGCUUUGUUUUUCGCUCUUGGUUAUCUCGGUGUUAAGGACCUACUUGCGGUCGAAAGGGUUUGUAGGUCUUUGAGGGAUGCUGUUAGAAGUGAUACUCUUUUAUGGAGGAACAUCCAUAUUGAACAUUCUUUGAGUAGAAGGAUUACUAAUGAUGCCCUUUUGAAAUUAACUAAUAGGGCUAAAGGCUCUCUUGAAUGCUUGAGUUUGGUCGGGUGUGUAAAGAUUACCGAUCAUGGCUUGAAGUGUGUGCUCGAAAGUAAUCCCAAGCUCACUAAGCUAAGUGUACCAGAAUGUACAGGCCUCAGUGUUGAGGGUAUUUUAUUCAAUCUAAAAGCCUUUAAGUCUAUCGGGUCACCAGGUAUUAAACACUUAAAAAUAGGUGGAUGUUUCAGUGUAACUGAGGAGCAAUUCAAGGAGUUCAAGUUUUUACUUGGUGCGGAUAACUCGAUACAAUUGAGAGAGCAAAAACCACAAUUUUUCCGUCAAGGUCAAUUGCAUUUUACUUGUGAUGAUGAUAGAGUGAUUGAUAUCGAGAUUUGUCCUAGAUGUGAUAAACUGAAAUUGGUUUACGAUUGCCCCUCGGAGAGUUGUAGAACAACACAUCACGCUGCUCAGUUGUGCAGGGCUUGCUUUCUUUGCAUCGCGCGGUGUUUCCGUUGUGGGUGUUGUUUUAAGCAUUGUGAUUAUGAGGAAACGUUUACUUUAGACUUGCUUUGUUUUAAUUGUUUGAAGCAUAUCUUUGGGAGUGAAGAGAACUCGGAUGUGAUCGGUACCUCCUAUGAGCUGUAUUUUUACGGCUAAUUUAAAAGUUCGAUUCCCCUUGUGCUACUGAUUGUGGACAAAAAUUUUGCACAACUUGAGCUUAGCUGGUCGUUAUUGAAUACUUGUACAAGUGUCCGGCAACAAACAUGCAUGCCAGUUCUCUUGCAUUUCCUAUGUUUUUCUUGGUUCAUUGAACGAACCGAGAUGUUUUGAUCUUCUGAAGAACUGAGGUUGGUAUUGGAUUACAUCGAAUAAACAUCUCUUAAAAGCGGACGGUUUUAAUGUUCAGAUGAGAUAAGACUGAGCGUUGUCAGAUAAUUUGAGCCUUGUUCAUGAGGAGAAGCAAUAUUGUCAAGUAGAAGAGAGGAGACUGGUCUGGAAUUCGGAUGGUAUGUUCCUUGUUUUUCAUUCUAUUAUGAUUUUUCAACUUUAUAUAUAUAUAUUUCAUGGACAAAGAAUACUCAACUGUUCUCUUUUUUCCAUUGAUUCAUAUUAUAUGGGUCUAAAUUGUAAUGAUCCAUGAACUAAUAUGAAUUUAGUUGCUUGUUAUUGCUGUUCAAAUUUUAGAUUUUUAAAGAAGCAAUUGUUUGGGGGACUCUUUUUUUCAAA